AUGGCGAGUCAAGGUUCUGCCGUGGCUGCGGCCCAGAGCCAUAGCCGACAGGCAAAUCUGGACCAGGAACGAACCACCUGGUUCACGACUUUGGAAGCCUACAAACGACGCUUCGAGGCUGAGAAGGAGGACAUCAAGGCCAAUUUCACCCGCGAAACGCAAAAUAGCUGCCGCGAUUUGGAGGAGCAGGCGCGUUUCAUAGAUCAACAGAAUCUGCCGCGGCCGGUUCUCGAUCUUUUUCUUCUCUACCAGGCUGAGAUCAAGAAUCGCCGCCUUGCUGAGUGUGACCGUGAGUACGAACGCUCCAUCAAGAGCUUGGAGGCGCAGGAGAAGGAAUUGUUCCGCCAGCAUCACCUGACGUUCCCGCUGCCGACAUCAUCAAUGUCAAGCGUGGCUCACGCGCCCCCAACUGUGGCCUCCUCUGCAGCGGCAAAUCGUACACCGACCCCUGCUCAGGUUCAGCUACACACUCAGGCUACCCAGCACAAUCAGACUGUGACACCAAGACCAAACGGCCAGGCGUCAAGCAACAUCAGUUCCGCCCCAAUGCCAACGCAACAGAACCACCAGCAAUGGCAAGCCAGAGCCGCCCAGGAGCUGUGA